GUUUUGUGACGGUGGUUCGGUACCGAGUUUGGGACUGGGCUGUUGCAGGGUUGUUGUUGUGACCUACCCUCAUCAUGUUUCAUGUUGUCUUGAUGCCGAGAUCGAAGAUUUGCGUCAAGGAGGGGGAUGAUGGAUCGAGGACGAGGAGAAGCCAGACAGUAUACUCAGCCAGGCUGUCAGCUACAACAGCACCAAGUCAACAACAGACUCGACGGGACUUGCUCAUCCAACCUCUCUCGCCGACGUGGCUCCCAGAUCUCGACAGGAAGCAGCACCAUGUCAGGUUCAUAUACGACAACGACCGGCAGGUAUAGCUACCUACCUAUCUACAUCACCUUUCAUCACAACCGCACGGCAAAGCCGCUCACAGCCCUCCCAGUCAGUCCACCCCCACACUCUUCCGCAGUCCACCUGACGGACCAGAAAAAGUAACGUCGGGGGCGACCCCAACUCCCGCACCUGCUCCCCGGAGUUCGUGUGUGGGCGGUGGAUCCCAACCCCAGGUUCUCGCUCCUGGAAUAGCGCUGUUGAUGAUAUCCCCAGCAUCGAUCGCCCCUGGGUUGGUGAGAGGCCGAGCGAUCAUGUGGAAUGGUGGCUGCAUGGAUGGGCGCUAGUGUGGCAUGAACUAUACUGAAAAUCCGAAUCUUCAGCGAGGACGAAGGCGCGAGGUGUAGGAUUGUAGUGGGAUGAAGUAUCAAGAAGGGUGAUGUUUGGGUGUGAUAGAGUUGGGGACUUCGGGUUUGAGGUUCGGAGAUAAGAAUAUGCUUAGAUCGAUGACAUUGGUAUCACCAGAUGAGCAGAAAACGGACACUGCGGACUGUGGACUGUGGACUGUGGACUGUGGACUGUGAACUGUCCGUAUGGUUGCCCAUAUCGGACAGUUCAGUCACAGCGAGCGCGCGAACGAAACGACAUCAUCACAACGGUAUGGGGAUAUGGGGAUGCGGCUCAUGAUAGCGGCUGAGACAUGAGAGGGCUGAUGGGACGAAAGGCGGCGGGCUAUUUUUUUGGGGACCGUUUCUCAAGACUUUCCCCCACACUCACUACCAUAUUCUGGGGCGGACACGGCUCAGACAGUCGGCUGCGCUACCGCACCGGGGCAGCGGCCAGCCGGACCAAUCAGGGAACACGCAUAGCAGCGGACUCGGCUGGCGACGGGAGGCUGACAGUUGUCAGACCCUAACAGGCCCUGUUGUCAAGGCUUUGAAAUGUUCUUGGGGUGUGGGGUAAAGGACAGGGGGUUUGACUCCCGACACUUGGAGCCGUGGUGGAGGAGGGCGGCCCCGCUAUAUCGAUUACCGUGAACAAGUCCCGAUUUCGAACCACCCCUCACGCCCGAAGGAACCACAUGGCGCCAGCAGUUUUCUGGAAAAGAUGGACGCCCGUGACGCCCACUGACGCCGUAGUGGCCGUCCUCCAUGCCAGCAGAACGAUGUCACGGCCUCUUGUCCCAUCUCUCGGCCAAUGGUGACCCGAGCAGCCCUACACAGCCUACACAGCCGUGUACCUUGCCGGUAUCUAGUAUACGUCAGGACAGGAACCUCGUCGCUUUUUCGCUUCCGAGUCAGGCGCUCCAGCGAGUCCCAUCCAGUCCCCCCUGGCCAUCAUCCCGAGCUCCUUGCCGCGAUCCUAGGGUGCACCAUGCAUUGGCGUCUCAGCCCGUCCACCCCGUGAACCCCGUCCAUCUGGCCCGACACUCGGAUCCUGGCCCGGAUCCCGGUUUCUGGGAAAGCGUCGAGAGAGCGCGAGACGGAUCUGCCACUGGCGAGAGCCGCUGACGGAGGUGUGGGAGAAGGAGGAGGAGUAAGUAGGGCGAAGAAAUUCUAUCAAGUAUUUGACCCCUCCCACCUCCUGCUCGUCCCAAACUUUCCAUCGUGAUCUCUCCAUCCUUCUUCUCUUUUUUCCCAAGAUACCCAGUGCUGCUCUCUCUCCCUCUCCCUCUCUCUCUCUCUCUUUCUUUUUCUUUUUUCUUGUUUCUUUGGAUCAUCACCCCCCUUUCCAGACAUCACAUACACACACUCAGUCUUCACAAUGGCCUCUGAGCAGAAGCAGCACCCCAGCCCCAACCAUUAUGACAUUGUCAUUGUGGGUGCCGGUCCCGUCGGCCUGAUGCUCUCGACCUGCCUGGCGAGAUGGGGUUACAAGAUCAAGCACAUCGACAACAGACCUGAGCCUACCGCCACUGGCCGUGCCGAUGGCAUCCAGCCCCGUUCCCUCGAUCUCCUCCGCAACAUGGGCCUCAAGUCGGCCAUCAUGGCCCACAAGCCCGCUCGUGUCUACGAGGUUGCUUUCUGGGACCCUCCCACCGGCGGCAAGGGCAUUGCCCGUACCGGCACCUGGGCCUCUUGCCCCGACUUCAUCGACGCCAGAUACCCCUUCACCACCCUCCUCCACCAGGGUCUGAUCGAGCGUGCUUUCAUCGCCGACCUCGAGAAGAACAACACCACCGUCCAGCGCCCCUGGACCAUCACCGGCUUCACCUCUGACGAGCAGGCCGACCCCGAAUACCCCGUCAGCGUCGAGCUCCAGCACGUCGACGGCACCUUCAAGGAGAGCGUCAAGGCCAAGUACCUCUUCGGCGGCGAGGGCGCCCGCUCCUUCGUCCGUGACCAACUCAAGAUUGGCAUCACCCACAAGGACCCCAUCGCCUACGUCUGGGGUGUCAUGGACGGUGUCGUCAAGACCGACUUCCCCGACAUCAAGAUGAAGUGCACCAUCCACUCGGAGCACGGCUCCAUCAUGGUCAUCCCCCGCGAGGACAACAUGGUCCGCCUCUACAUCCAGAUCGCCUCCUCCACCGACCCCGACUUCAACCCCCGCAAGACGGCCACCGUCGAGGAGGUCCAGGCCUCGGCCAAGCGCAUCCUCCAGCCCUACAGCAUCGAGUGGGAGCGCGUCGAGUGGUACUCUGUCUACCCCAUCGGCCAGGGCAUUUCCGACAAGUACACCCUCGACCACCGCGUCUUCCUCGGCGGCGACGCCUGCCACACCCACUCCCCCAAGGCCGGCCAGGGCAUGAACACUGCCUUCCUCGACGCCCUCAACCUCGCCUGGAAGAUCCACGCCGUCGAGGGCGGCCUCGCCCACAAGUCCAUCCUCGAGACCUACGAGCCCGAGCGCAAGGACGUCGCCGAGACUCUUUUGUCUUUCGACAACAAGUACGCCAAGCUCUUCUCCCAGCGCCCCCCCUCCUCCAACGAGGUCGCCGCCGCCACGGCCCAGAAGGCCUCCUCCGGCGCCGAGGAAAACGAAUUCAUCAAGACCUUCAAGGAGUCCUGCUCUUUCACUUCCGGCUACGGCGUAGCCUACAAGGCCAACCAGCUCAACUGGUCCCCCGAGCACCCGGCCCAAUCCCACGUCAUCGCCAAGUCUGACGCCCUGGUCCCCGGCCGCCUCUUCAGGAACGCCGACGUCACCCGCGUCGUCGACGCCAACGUCGUCCAUCUGGAGCAGGAGAUCCCCCUCAACGGCGCCUUCCGCCUCUUCGUCUUCGCCGGCAAGCCCUCCGUCACGGGCCAAGCCCUCAAGGACUUCGCCGCCGGCCUCGCCAAGAAGAACAGCUUCUACUCUGCCUACCAGCGCGCCGAUAUCGACUCUGUCUCUCACCACGAGAGGCACAACCCCCACUCCAAGUUCUUCACCAUCUGCACUGUCUUUGCCGCCAAGAGGAACGAGAUUGAGAUUAGCCGGGACUUGCCUGCGCUGCUGGCGAGGUACAAGGACAAUGUUUAUGCUGAUGAUCGGUGGUCGAGGAAUUUCCCUGACGCGAAGGCGAUGGCGCAUGCGAAGAUGGGGUUGGAUGAGGAAAGGGGUGGGGUUGUGGUCGUUAGGCCGGAUGGGUACACUGGUGUUGUUGUUGCGCUGGAGGAGGGGAGCGCGACAGUGGACGCGCUGAAUGCGUACUUUGGAGCUUUUGCGAGCAAAAAGUUGGGGGAGGCGCAGGCUCAGCUUUGACUAGGGAGUAGGUUGUGAAGGAGGGGGAAAAGAAAGGGGUAGCCAUGGGAAUAAGGAGUUUUUUUUUAGUUUUUUUUUUGGCUUUUUUUUGGUUUUGGGAAUAAUGAGGGAUCAAUCACAACUUGAAAGAUUUUGAAAGGGGGAUUCUCUUUUUGAGAGAGGGGGAUCUGCUGGGAUAUUUCGCAUUGUAUAAAUACAUAUAUAUAUAUAUAUAGCAUCAUCUCAUGAGUUGUUCUGUUUAGGUUUCUUUUGGUAUAUAAGUGUUCAAAAACUCUUUGUUAUUCGUCUUGAAAUGUGAUGGGGUUUAUAGGUACACACAUCAAUUUGCUUCCUAACAUACACCAGAUAUAUACC